AUGUUUUACGAUUUUAACAUUCCACAUCCUUCCUCUUUGGAACGAGCAGAUCUGGAAAGACUGGAGAGAAUUCUUGCGCGUGUCAGUUCUUUCCAAAAGGCCACCAUUGCACUGAAUCAAACGAUUACCAAUAAUCUUAAAAUUACCGAACCGCUCAAGCCUAUUAGCCCUGAAAAAUUUAAGAAUGUUCAGCAAUUGACCAGAGUGACGCUGAUUAUAGAAGACUCCAAGACAAAUUACCAAUUGUCUUCAAGCAAUUCCUGUAAUUCUUUAAUUGAUAUCUUGGCCGUUAAACCCACUCAUGUUGACAUAUGCAAACAUGCUUGUCAAUCCUACGAAGUUGACCUUAUUUCCAUUGACCUGUCACAAAGAAAAGUUCUUCCAGGAUAUGUAUCGGCCCAAGUUGCUAUUACACGCGGUAUUUUCUUCGAAAUCUGCUAUACUCAAGGAAACAGAGAUGUCAAAAAGAGAAGUACAUUCUAUAGUAAUGCCAAGAGACUUGUGGAAACAACACGCGGAAAAAACUUGAUCAUUUCAAGUGAGGCUUUACGCGCACUUGAAAUCAAACGACCUUCUGAUCUUCGUGUGCUUGGAUUAUUGAUUGGUAUGACUGAAGACCAAAUUGAAGCUGCUGUUAGUUACAACUAUGUACGAUUACUCAGAAAAGGAGAAACAAGGAAGAACACUAUCAAUGCUGCAAUCGCAUUUACCCCAUCAAUUACUAUUACCGAUGGUAAAAAAAGAAAGGAAGAUGAAUCCUCAAACGAAGAGCCAAAAACCAAGAAAACGAAAAAGUCCAAAUAG